AUGGCUACCGGAACACCUCCCGCCCCAGCAUCUCCUCCUACCCUAGCCGUCCCCCGGUCACCGCCGCCUCAGGUUCCUGGACAGGCCCCUUCGCCAGCCCUUGCGAAUCCAGCGUUCCAUUACGCCGUUUCCCAGACUGCACUUCCUUCUUCAGCUCCGGCCCCACUCCACGUCGCUGCCGUGUCACUCAAGCUGCCCUCUUUCUGGCCCGCGGAACCGGUGGUCUGGUUUGGGCAAGCGGAAGCGCAGUUUGCACUCAGAGGCAUUACCAACCAACUGACGAAGUUUUACCAUGUCGUCGCGGCGCUCUCUCCAACAGAGGCAACUGAAGUCAGAGAUCUGGUCGCCUCCCCUCCAGCGCAUACGCCGUAUGACACCCUCAAGGCUGAGCUCAUUCGUCGGACCUCAAUGUCGGAGCAGAGGCGGUAUCAAAGACUGUUGACGCAAGAAGAACUUGGAGAUCGCACCCCAUCGCAGCUCCUCCGCCGCAUGCGUCAACUUUUGGGCGACCGACCCGACGCCCUGGACGACUCGCUCCUUCGCCAGCUCUUUUUGCAAAGGUUGCCCGCGAAUGUCUGCAUGGUUCUGGCUGCUGCCGACAACAUGAGCCUCAAUGACCUAGCCAAUCUCGCCGAUCGAGUUCUGGAGAUGGCACCACCUCAGAUUGCUGCCGUAGCUCCGCCACGACAUUCCCAGCUCCGUCCACCCCAUACCGACACCACCAGCUCGGCACAACCAGUCGAUCUUUCCGUGCUCGCCGACCAGAUUGCGGCGCUUCAGCUCGAAGUCGCAGCCCUCCGACGGUCUUCCCGCUCCCCGCAGCGCUCGCAAUCAUCGCAUCGCCGCCGCUCCCCAUCCCCAGCUGGCAUGUGCUGGUACCACUACCGUUUUCGUGCAAGAGUUCGCAAGUGCGUUCCACUUUGCACAUUUUCGGAAAACGACAGCGCCAGUCACUAG